AUGGCUAACCAUACUCCCCCAGAUAUUGGCUCAAAGGGUAAUGUCGCCGAACUCCCCACUAUUAGCCAUGCAGAAAGCAAUCAAGUACACUCUAGAUUCAAGUCUGCCAAAAAUGCCGAUGGUGAUACGGCUAUGGCGCUCUUCGAUGACCCGGACGAGCUCCACGAAGAGGUCGAUCCCGUGGAAGCGAGGAAGCUAUUAUGGAAGAUUGACUUCAUGAUCUUGCCCUACUUGGCUGUUUGCUAUGCUUUCUUCUACAUUGAUAAGACAACGUUGAGCUAUGCUGCUAUUUUUGGGAUUCAGGAAGAUCUUGAUCUACACGGGACUCAGUAUAGCUGGCUGAGUAGUAUCUUCUAUUUUGGUUUCUUAGCAUGGGCAUUUCCUACCAAUUUUCUGAUGCAGCGUCUUCCAAUCGGAAAAUAUCUGGGUGCGAAUAUUUUCAUGUGGGGUGUUUUCCUCAUGAUCCAAGCUGCAUGUAACAGUUUCGAGACCCUCGCUGUCCUUCGAGCCCUUGGCGGUGCCGCUGAGGCCUGCGCCGAUCCGGCCUUUAUGCUCAUCACUACGAAUGGCCUCGGCAUUGCAUUGGGUGGACUACUGGGCUACGGAAUUGGUCAUCUUCGUGGUGCACUACCGUCUUGGAAAUACGAGUUCCUCGUGAUUGGUGCCCUGUGUUCUGCCUGGGGUAUUGUCAUGUUUAUCUUCCUCCCAGAUUCACCCGUCACAGCUCGCGGCCUUAGCAGGAGAGAGCGUCGCAUGGCUGUUGAGCGUUUGCGAGAAAAUCAAACUGGUGUCGAGAACAAACACCUCAAGCCGUAUCAAAUUCUGGAGGCUUUCAUGGACUAUAAGCUCUACAUAUUCUUUGUCCUUGGUACUGUUUGCAACAUCCCCAACGGUGGUAUCUCGAACUUUGGUACUAUCAUCAUUAAAGGGUUUGGUUUCUCGACAUUGGUGACCACUCUCAUGCAGAUUCCGUACGGCUUUAUCAUUGCUGUCUCGAUUUUGACAUGCGUUUACCUCAACGACCGCUACCAAAAUCGAAGAUGCGUAUUCGUCCUCAUCUUCCUGCUCCCUAACCUUGCCGGCUCCUUUGGUCUCCGCUUUGUUCCCAUUGAACACGGUGUGGGUCGCUUAAUUUGCUAUUACCUGACAGGCCCCUACAACGCUGCAUUUGUGCUUAUUUUGAGUAUGCAAAUGGCCAACACCGCUGGCCAUACCAAGAAAGUCGUCACCAACGCCGUGCUCUUCUUGGGGUACUGCACUGGAAACAUUGCUGGACCAUUCUUCUACAAGACAGAACAAUCACCUACCUACUCGCUGGGCAUCUGGUCCAUGAUUGUCUCGCACUUGAUUGAGGCCGUUUUGAUCAGCAUUCUUGGCCUACUGCUACGUUGGGAAAAUAAGAAGCGCGAUAUUAUUCAGUCUCAGAUGGAGGGUGGUCUCGAGGGGAGAGAUCUGGAUGCAACUGCGUUCUUGGACUUGACGGACCGAGAAAACCUGAAGUAUGUCUCUUUACGCCUUUCCAUCUUCCCUUUUGCAAUCUUCACAAGUGGUGAGAAAGAUACUAACGGUGUGCAAUAG